ACGAAUUCAUCAGUGACGGCAACAACAAUGGACUACAUCCCCUUCCUCUCGGGGGGCGUCUCCUUCAACCCCCGCACCGACAUCCCCUCUUCUGCUCUCCAUGGCAAAACCAUUCUCGUGACAGGCGGCAACGCCGGCCUCGGCAAGCAAUCCAUCCUCGAAUUCGUCCGCCAGCCCGCCGCCUCUCUCCCCUCGCGCAUCUGGCUCUGCUCCCGCUCCCUCGAGCGCGCCCAAUCCGCCAUCGACGACAUCUCCGCCGCCGUCCAAUCCUCCGGCGUCAAUCCCGACUUCGACGCCUCUUCCAUCAUCAAGCCCCUCGAGCUAGACCUUACCUCCUUCGACUCCAUCAAAUCCGCCGCCCGGACCGUCCUUGCCGAAAGCGACCGCCUCGACAUCCUCAUGCUCAACGCCGGCAUCAUGGCGGCCGCCACCGGCGUCACCGCCGAAGGCUACGAGAUCCAAUUCGGCACCAACCACGUCGGCCACGCCUUACUCACCAAGCUCUUGCUUCCUCUCCUGCUCAAAACCGCCCGCAGCGCCAAGGGUAAUGACCUCCCCCAGCCAGCGGACGGCACCCCUACCGCGCCUCCGGACGUCCGCGUCGUUGUCUUGUCUUCUGAAGGCCAUCGUCUUCCGCCUCUUUUGGGCAUCAACUUCGCGACUUUGAAAUCAGACCAAUCCUCCAUGUUGACGUGGCAGCGCUACGGCCAAUCCAAGCUCGCCAACAUCUUGUUUGGCAAGCAGCUUGCUGCGCAUUAUCCGGAGGAGCUGACGGUGGUGGCACUGCAUCCCGGCGCGGUCAACACGCAGCUUUUCCACCCGUUCCGCAAUAGUGGAUGGAUUGGGUGGGCGGUCACGGGGUUCCUCAAAUUCUUUUUGAGCACGGUGGAGGAUGGAGCGAAGAAUCAGGUGUGGGCGGCGACGGCGCCGAGGGAGCAGGUGCAGAGCGAGGGCAAGGGCAAGUGUGCGUAUUUCCUGCCGGUGGGGAAGAGGGUGGGAGAAAGUGGAUGGGCGAAGGAUGAGGAGUUGGCGAGCAAGUUGUGGCAGUGGACGGAGGGGGAGUUGGAGGGGCAGGAGGUUGAUGCUUGAGCGGGAGGUGCGGCGAUGCAUGAAGCGUGAGGUGUUGGGGACACGUACACUAGAUGCUGGAUUGGAGCGGAACUCUUCCCGACUUCAAUGGGUACCUUGGAGGGGCUUCGGGCUUGUCCUUCGGUACCGGAGAGCUAGAAGAUCUCUUAUACGCCUGUGUCUUUGGUGUAUCUUUGACACGCUGGCUAUCAAGUUCUGUUUCUUCUAGCUUUCAGUCCGGGCGCACCGGGAUCAACUCAGGGGGACUAGUCGGGUUGGGGUCUAACGUGUCGAUAAUGUUUUUCAACCUUUCUAUACAACUUGAUAGUUCUUGCAUACAACAGCGGUAUAUGACAUACAUUCGAACUCGCUCAUCAAGCAGUCAACGCCUCCGCCCAUGGUGGAAUUUGACGAGGCGGUGAUCAAAGUUGCGAGUUGGGCGGCUUCGGAAACAAGAUCUUUUAGACGCUGAUGUACAGCAGCCUUGGCUUCGUGCUUUGCAUGUUACAUCGGCUCUGGGAGUCUCUUGGGUGGAAGUGUGUGGAAGUUAUGAAAGGGGCUGGCAGCAACCAUGGGCGCCACCGCC